GCACUGUCCCCAAACAGUGCACCUGCCGGCGGUCCCAACCCAGCGGGAGAAGUGGACAUGAGGUUGGCAGAAGGGGAGAUCUCAUCAUGAGGGGUCAUGGGAUGGUUCCAGAGGUCACCAGCAUCUGAGGUAGGCCUGCCCCGUGUCUGUCCUGCCUCCAGGCCCGCUCCGCAUCGUGGCCCUAGUUGUCACUGUGGGUCUUACCUGGAUCAUAGUCAGCAUCCUCCUGGGUGGGCCUGGCAGUGGAUUUCCUCGCAUCCAGCAACUCUUCAACAGCCCAGAAAGCUCUGUGACUGCAGAUCUUAGGUGACACCAGGGCCAGGCCCAUGGGUCAUACCUGCUGUCCCUGCUCAGAACCACGGGCCAGGAAGUACAAGUGUGGCCUGCCCCAGCCAUGUCCUGAGGAGCACCUAGCCUUCCGCAUGGUCAGUGGGGCUGCCAAUGUCAUCGGACCCAAGAUCUGCCUCGAGGACAAGAUGCUCAUGAGCAGUGUCAAGGACAACGUGGGCCGUGGGCUGAACAUUGCCCUGGUGAAUGGGGUCAGCGGUGAGCUCAUUGAGGCCCGUGCCUUCGACAUGUGGGCUGGAGAUGUCAAUGAUCUGUUGAAGUUCAUUCGGCCACUACAUGAAGGUACCUUGGUGUUUGUGGCAUCCUAUGACGACCCAGCCACCAAGAUGAAUGAAGAGACCAGGAAGCUUUUCAGUGAGCUGGGCAGCAGGAAUGCCAAGGAGCUAGCUUUCCGCGACAGCUGGGUGUUUGUGGGGGCCAAGGGUGUGCAGAACAAGAGCCCUUUUGAGCAGCAUGUGAAGAACAGUAAGCACACCAACAAGUAUGAGGGCUGGCCUGAGGCGCUGGAGAUGGAAGGCUGCAUCCCGCGGAGAAGUGUGGCCAGCUAGCACAGCCAAUCACCAGGACCAGGCCGAGGGAGUCUGCAUGGUGCCAACACAGAGUCGAGGUCUUGCCCCAUGCCCAGGCAGGAGGCUCCCCAGCCCCAACACAUCAGGGCUCUGAGGCAGUGACCCCAAGAUGAUGGGGACUGUGGAGCUGGCCCAUCAUACUUUGUCAUAGGAGCCCAGGUACCCAUCUCCUUUUCCUAAAGCUGGUCCCAGUCAGCCCCCACUUUGCCCUUUCUUCCACUCAUGUCAUCUCCUUCCCAAUUCCCAAGUGCCCCUGGCUGCAAAGGCUCUAGGUGCCCAUUCUUCUCACUGUAGUAGCUACUUGGCAGGUUGGGGCAUCUUCCAGAACCUCUCCCUUCCAGACACACUCACUAUAUUGUGGUCCAAACUUGCUUACAGUGUGAUUGCUUUCAGUGAGCCAAAACUAGUAAGCACUUUCACAUGCCUGCCUGCCUCUAACCUCACUCUCAGCAGGAGAGAGGCCCUUAGAGCAGACUGGCCUUCGAUAGUGAGGUAGCCAGAGCCUGGUCACAGCCCCUAAUGCAGUACAUGGCAGUAUGCGGUUUGUCAGAGGGCCCACCUUCUAGAUGACCUCUUAAUAAAUUGAUGGCCCCCAAUGGAAUGAAAUGCA